AAAGCAGCACUACGGUUCGGAAGUGAGUGCCGGUCAUGACAGCAGAGACACAAAGAUGGAGGUGGUCGGUACAAUCCGCGGGCUUAUCAGGUCGCUGCUCUUCCUGCUGCUGUGGUCCAGCUGUGAAGGACGAGACUCGGAGCUCAGCUAUGUGACCUGCGGCUCUCUAGUCAAACUGUUCAACACCAGACACAACGUCCGACUGCACUCCCACGACGUUAAGUACGGCUCAGGCAGUGGACAGCAGUCUGUAACUGGAGUGGAGAAUGCAGAUGAUGCCAACAGCUACUGGCAGAUUCGUGGGAAGCCCAACAAUCCAUGUCUGCGCGGUGCUCCCAUCAAGUGUGGCCAGGCCAUUCGGAUCACACACAUGAAGACUGGACGAAACCUCCACACACACCACUUCAGCUCUCCUCUGUCUAAUAACCAGGAGGUGAGUGCUUUCGGAGAGAACGGCGAGGGUGACGACCUGGACGUGUGGACGGUUCAGUGCGAAGGCAUUCACUGGGAGCGCGACGAGGCUGUGCGCUUCAAACACGUAGGCACCGACGUUUUCCUGAGCGUGACAGGCGAGCAGUACGGCCACCCCAUACGUGGACAGCGGGAGGUGCACGGCAUGAGCUCCCCCAAUCAGCACAACUGGUGGCGUACUAUGGAGGGCGUCUUCAUCCAGCCCAGCCAGGAACCGCUGCGCCACGAUGAACUCUGACAUCAUCAUCAUCAUCAUCAUUAGGAGACACGAGCAUGGGCAUGCUUCUGCCUGGACCUGAUGUGUGACUUGAGUGAUGAAUCUUUUCUGUACAUGUGAAGCACUUGGGGUGUUUUGAGACAUGAAGGGGGUUGGCAGGCAUUAUUUGUGUGUACGUAGUGUAGCCUCAAUAUGUUCUUUCAGCUUCUUCCUUAGAGAAUAUGAUGAGGGAUAACAUUGAGUCAGGGGAGAUACAUGAGGAUGGCUAUAGUCCUGAAGAAAACUAUCAUUUGAUUAAUUUUGUCCAGAAAUACAUGAAACAUGCCAGCAGACAUAAUGACAUGUACUUUAUGUAAUAAAACCUUUCUUUAUUUCA